UAUAGUGUCAGUCAAAUGCAGUUCAGGUCAGGACUCAACACUCAGUUGCUAAUAUCAGAUUGAACAACCACAGGAAGGGUGUUUGAAGAAAGAGUUGUGAUAUACUGAAGACUGACAGAAAGAGAGAAUGGACGAGUGUCUGCUGGGACUGAUCAUGCUCUCCACACUUUUGGCAGGGACCAGUGGAGUGGAUGAGACUCAUGUGUUCAUCAGUUCUGGUGAAGAUGUCCGUCUGCCCUGUAAUAAAGCUCUUUGUGAAUGCAAAUUAACUACAUGGAACUAUAACAGAUUCAGUCAUUUAGCCGCAGUUGAACUGAUUGGUUUAGGGUUAAAGAAAGACACAGAGAAUCUUGAGAGACUGAGUCUAGGGUCUGACUGCUCUCUGAACAUCAGGAAUGUCACAAAAGAAGAGUGUGGCGUUUACACCUGCCGACUUUUUUUGAAUGACAAACAACUAGGAACGGAUGUUCGUGUUUAUCUACAUGUUCUUUAUGUCUCUUCAUCUUCAUCAUCCUCACAGACGAUCAGUGCAGGUCUCUCUGUGACUCUCUCCUGUCAGUUGUACUCUAAUGCUGGAGUCACUUGUGAUGAUUUGGUCCGUUCUGAGGGAAUUGAGCUGUUCUGGGUGAAUCAGGCUGGUGUUAAACUGACCAGAUCAGACUCCAGAUAUCAGAUAUCAUCCUCAUCAGAUCACUGUAUCAGCAAUCUGACUACAACACUCCUGAAUGAAGAUCACAACAGAGAGUGGAAAUGCAAUAUUACUCAAAGAAAUCAAGUCAAGACCUCAGCCACAUAUACUCUCAAGAGUUCAGCAGGAACUGAAGUCAGUAGGACCGUUGUCAGAGUGAUUUUGAUUAUUGUUGAGUUUGCAGUGUUUGCUGCUCCUACUGUGAUUCUUCUUCAGAUCAUCUGUUCACGAAGAGCUGGGAGGAAGGACUCACAGCACUCAGAGGAAAUAAUGAUUAAUACAAUAUAUGGAAAAAAUUUGCUCUACAAAUAACAGGCCAGAAUACUGCAAGAUUUAUCUUCAUGUCAGUGAUAUUAUGGAUAUGGAGACAACUUUUACUGUUAUUUGCUCUAUAUACUAUACUGAAUGCUUUAAAUAUAAUAUUAAAUACAGAGACAGAAGUACUUUUAGUGACCAUGAAUGGUAAUAACAGAAAUCAUAACAUAAAUACAUAGCAGUUUUCUAAUCUUGAUUCCUUUAUUGUUAUA